AUGGCCACCAAAGAUCUAUACAACGAGCGUGAGGGAACAAAGGGGAAGCACAAGGACCAACCCCCCUCUGCUGCCAACCUGAGCCAGCCUGGCCGUCCGGGUGAGCAAAUCCAGGGGAAAAGAGUGAGAAUGCACAGGGACAAAGGAGGGGAGAGAGGGGAGCUGUCUGCGGCCCGAGAAGAGGGACGGACCAGGGAUAUGACUGAUUACAGCGGGGGCCACAGGUCAAGGCCAAUGCCCAGGCGAAGGAGGCAGAACGGGGGAUAUGAGGCGCCCACAGAGGGAUAG